ACCAGCAAUGAUAGAAGAAGUCAGAAAAGCCUUGGGGAGCAUGCAAAGAGGCAAAGCAGCUGGUGAGGAUCAGGUAACAUCAGAUUUUGGAGCGUUAUCAACCCUCAAAAUUCCCAACCACUGGCACUGUUUGAUAAUCAUAACCAGAGUCCUUCAAUGCUUUUCUGGUCACGAAACUCCGCCGUCACUCUAUGGGAGAGCUUCAUACGCUGCCCAAAACUGCCGCGAUGCGGCGCCACUGUGCCACAGAGGGCAUCGUUCGGGCUGCUCGCGUACUGAAACAGACUGAAACGGACCGAAACGCGUGCGCACAGCGAGACAAACUGGCGGAAGAAGCGUGCGUGCGUGUCUGAGUUAGCCAAAAUGUUGUGAGACGACGAUGCCUAACACGUGUUGCGUGCCGGGGUGCCGUUCCGGCUACAGAGGAACGACCGAGAAGGUGUCGUUGUUUUCUUUUCCACCUGACAAGGACCAGCGCGAGAAAUGGAAACGGGCCAUACCGCGGCAGGAAAGUGGCGACUUCAACUUUGAGUCCAAAUAUACACGUGUGUGUGCGAAGCAUUUCGACGCCUCGGACAUUGUCACUACUUAUGAUUUCAAUAUCAACGGCGACGCCGUGUCCCUAGAGCGCGACAAGCCAACGCUGAAGGCUGACGCUGUCCCAAGUAUUUUUGGUGGCCUUCCUUCGUAUCUCACGAAGCGUAAACCUCAACCCCGCUCAUCGACAAAUCGAUCACCGCGCAAACGAGCACGUGAGUCGUCGUGCGAGACGGAGGAGCAACGAGCAUCGCCGACGACCUGUUCAGACCGCACCAAUGCUGCAUCAGUGAAUGAAGGUAUGUAAGCGCUAGGCCAGAUUACAUCCGUGUCGUCGUGUAUGAGGGUAUCGUCUGAGCCUGUAAAUUUGAAACUGCAUGACUUGUUUUUCUUCACUCCUUUUCUUCUUCCUUUUUUCUUUUUUUAGCAGAUGUGGCACUGACCAGUGAAACGGUCGAAACCUACCACACGGACACAGCUUGUCAGACAGACCGCUUGGUUGACUGCGCCAGCUGUGCAGCAGUGCAAAAGUUGAGGUGCCAACUUCGAGCUGCGAAGCAGCAGCUUCGGCAAUGCCAAACAAAACUCGCCGAGUUCCGAAAGAAGACUGCCAAGUACGAACGACAACAGCAGAGCCUUCAAAGACUUUCUGAUCGCGAGAAACUGAUUAUUGAUCAGUGCGUGAUGAAGGCAAACGCGAAGUCUGCAAGAGCCGUACGGUAAGCUUCAAGCACUACUUAACGAAUAUGGUUUACGUGUAAAGGCGAUGGAAUAUUCACGUGGUAAUUUUAGAUAUUCAUCAAAUUAAAAGCUACAUAUCCGUUGUUUUCUGAGCAAGUGUCGGCUCCAUUCAAAAUGAGCUUAGCGUUCAAAACUACCAUGAAAUACGUUUUCUGCUUGAGUCCACCUUUACUGCGCUGACUCUAAUACUUUAAAUUAUGAAACAAUGAUUUUCGUCCAUAUAAAAGAUGUGCCCUUUUUACUACUACGAGUGGCUUAUUCACACCCUCAUAACCAUGUUAUCGUGAUGUGUUGAUCUUUUUUUCGCACCUUACUGCUAUUGUUUUGAGCACGUUUAUAAACAGACAGUGAAUGAUUGUUCUUAUGCGCAGUUUCGUUGAAAACUUGGAGAUCCAAUGUGCACUUAUUUUCUCUAUUAAUUGGUUCUGGAUUGAGAAUGCACCAUAGAUCUGUGUCAUUUAUAGUGGCCUGCUCUCAUUAUGAAGGUUUUGGCCUGCAUGUUGAUCAGGUUUCCACUGUGUACACAGUGCAAUGUGCAUGUUCACAUUACCCCUUGGCAUGCAGUUACACUUGGUUAACAGCAAUGUGUCUUUAUGCUUGAUAGCAUUAUGGAAGCACUGUGCUAGCAUGUUUGUGCAUGUGAAUGAGAUUUGCACCCUUUCCUUACCAGGUAUAAGAAAGACUGGUUAUAUGACUGCCUGCUUUUGAAAACGAAGUCCACAUCUGUGUAUACAUAUCUCCAAGAGAACAACUUUCUACCCUUGCCAAAUCCACGCACACUCUACUGCUAUAUGAAGAGCUUGAAAGCCGAUUUUGGCUUUGAUGCGCAUGUAUUUACUGUGCUCAAGGAAAAGCUGCUCACUUCCCCUGAAAGUGAACGACGAGGUUUGAAAGCACAUCACUUAACCUGAAUGCUGUGUGGUUUUGCCUUUCUGAAGUGAUAGAAAUUAAUUUUUUUUUUCUUUCAGGUGUGCUCAUGUUCGACGAAAUGAGUGUCAGGAAAAUUUUGCACGUCCGAGAGUCUGACAUGAAAGUCGUUGGUAAGGUUGACUUUAGAGAACAUACCAGGCCAGCAGACCGUGAAAAGGAUGCUGAUCAUGUUUUGGUCUUCCUGUUUUGACACUUUCUGGGGGGAUGGUCGCAGACUGUGGGUACCUUUUGUGCAUCAAGUGCUGCCCUGGGAUCAAUACUUGCAAAGCUUGUGCUUCAGUGCAUUGUACACUUGUGUAAUGCUGGCACAGUUAUAGAUGCUGUGACAUGUGAUAAUUCAACUACCAAUCGGUGUGCCUUGAGGUCCUUAGAAAUUCGUGGUGACAUGAAAGACCAGCAGGUGUCGUUUCAGCACCUAUGCGACCCCUCUAAGGUGAUCUAUGCUAUCAUUGAUCCACCACACAUAUUUAAAUGUAUUAGAAAUAACCUGCAGAAAGUUGGGAAGUUUUUGCUGCCUCAAGAUCGGGAAGUGUAUCAUGGUCAUUAUGCAGCACUUCUAGAGUAUGAAGAGCAACAGUCAGGGCUGCGUGCUGUACCAAAGCUGACGAGGGCACAUAUAUACCCAAACGCUUUUCAGAAAAUGAGCGUCAAACUUGCUGUUCAACUCUUCAGUGAAUCCACAGCUACAGCCAUGAUAUUUUACAGUGAGCAGGAAUCAUGCAAAAAGCUUCACGGGUCUGCGGAAACAUCUGAAUUCACCAGACAAAUGAACAGAUUCUUUGACUGCUUGAACUCCCGCAGGCCUGAACACUUGCAGUACAGUGAAGCUGAGCAUGUUGACACACUGAAAGAGGGAAUCUCAUGGUUGGACAGGUGCUGCAAAUACAUCGAAAGUCUGCCAAAGCAAAGGCAGGUGUGCUUUUUAAGCAAGCCCACCUGUGAGGCGCUGAGAAUAACUUUGCUCAGCACAAUAUCACUGGUUGAAAACCUCCUUGCCUCAGGGUUUCGCUACGUACUGGUGGGAAAGUUUGGACAGGACCCAUUAGAGAGAUUUUUUGGCAUUAUCAGGCACGUGGCUGGUGACGGAGGACAACCAACAGUCCAGCAAUUUCUGUUCAUUUAUAGAAUGCUCUCUGUCAGAAAUCUUGUCCAGCCGCCUCAGCGAGCAUCAGUUGUAGGAGACGGCCCACAACUCCUCCUGAGGCUCCAAGACCUAUUCCAGAAGGAAAAACCUGCUGCCUGUCACGCGGACUGUUUGGCUAUUCUCUUUGAUGAAGUACUUUUGGAGCCAGGAGAAACUGUGGAGCAGGCUUCACUUUUGCAACAUCAGCAGUCUCCUAAGGAGAAGAUCUUGGGCUACCUCGCUGGAUACGUUGCAAAGAAGUUUUCCUCGCUGAGAUGCUCAAGCUGCGUAGAAAGCCUGAGGAGUUCAGAACGACCGGCAACUGGCCUGAUUCUUGUUAAGUCUAAAGGUUUUCUCCUUGGGCCCUACAGCCAGCUCGCCACACUCCUUCAAAUUGUGGAGGAUCACAUGGAAGCGCACGCAGUUGAAAAAACUGCUUGUUCUGGUGUGUACAUGAAUAUUGUGGAGGAUGUUUUGAUGGACCCUCGGACUGCUUCAGCUGCUGUCGGUUGCAAGUCACAUUUUGUGAGCACGACUGCAGAAGUUCAGUUUUUUCUCAAGGUGCGUUUGCAUUUUUUUACAGAGAAAGAAACAAACAGAUGCAAGCGAAAGGGUGCGCUUCAUGUCCAGCAGGGGGUGGUAAAAAACCAAACACUCAAAGGUAACUCUGCACCCAAUCCAUAUCUCACAUAUGUUGCUGUCCAUUCUUCACGUUUUUUAAUUAGCUUUUCAUGAACUGGUGCACUGGUGUUCUGUGUAUGUGGUUUGUUUUAAAUAAAAUUAAUAAAUGGUUGUGCUUGCAUAUUGCUUUCGCACAGGCACCUUGUAUGUA